AUGGCGGGAUUGGCUGUUGCGUUCCUACUCCUCCUACCGCUCUUGCCGUCUGAAGCAUUCAAUAGUCCCGUUGAUGAGGAGGGCGUUCGCGCUCACUUUCAUUGGCAUCAAUAUCAUCGCCAAGCAUCCUGGUUACCAUCUAGUGGCGACAGCAGCUCUUCCGCAGAUACACGGAGCUCGACGUUUAGCCCGCGCGCUCCGUCCAGUAGUGCUGACUCACUGACUGAUUCCGACAGCCUGACUGAUUCUUAUAACCGAGUUCACUUAGACAAAUUGACUGACCAUACAAUUGGGACUGAUUCUGUCAGCCCAACAAAAACGCCAGCUGAUUAUGAUGAUGAUGACGACGAUGAUUUCGACGACGACGACGCCUUACUUGCCGCUAAUCCAGCCUCCGCCUUUGACGACGAUUUCGGUUCCACCUCGUUUCAGUCACGUCUCGCAUACUCACAAUCAGCAGAGUUCAAGUCCAGACCAGAUACGCUCUUUCUAAGUUCGCGGGACGAAUACUCAUCCUCCUCCUCUUUCUCACCUCGCUCCUCCUUCUCGUCCUCCCGUCCCUCGACUUCCUCCCUCCGUUCCUCCUCCCCUCCCCCAAAUCCCUCGCAACCCUCCUCGCGUUUCGCCUCCCCUCUCCCCAACCCGUCACCACCCUCGCCCGCAUCUUUUCGUAACAAAAAUCCUCCAAGAUCCUGGAAGAUUCCUAGAAGCAGAAACCCGAACAGAAUUAGCACUAGAAUAGGAACGCAGCGAGCGUGGGCUCCUGUUGUUCCUACACCCGAGUACGUGCACCCUAGCGAGGUGUCCCUUGACGCGGCUUUAGCAUUCGAGAGGCAGCGGGUGCUUCGGCAGGAGCAGCGUAGGCGGCAGCAGCAGGUGACGGGGCCGUGCAGCCCGCUAGAAACGGCGAAGGUGAUACGGAUUAAGUCGUACGCGGACGUCGCGAAGCGAUUAAACUUCGCGCCGACUCAGACCGUGAUGCUGGUGCUGCUUCCACCUGGGUUCAUCGCUAGUACGGGUCUGCUGUUUGACGGAAACUACUCGUGCACGAUCCUGCGAAGCAAGAAGCCCGCGCAGAGAAGUUACAUCAAGCUGACAAACGCACUGCAGCCCGUUUUACGCAUCUGGAACACGCACAACGUGAUCGUCAUGGACGUCAAUUUCUACCUGCCCGUCAAGUCCAGCUCGCGCCUGUGCUCCUUCACUGAGGUCGGCAAGGGCAUGCUGUGCCCCGCCAUCCACAUCUGGCGGAGCUACGGCGUGCAGGUGGCUAAGGGCGAGGUGUUUGGGCGCAUAGACGUGUUUCGCAGUAUGCAAGCGCGGGUGGAUGGCAUGAGCGUCACCGCCACCUACCGCUUUGUCAACUCGCCAGGGGUUAUUCGCAUCGGGGAGAGCGGGUACGGGCCGGAGCUGGUGCGGGCAAACAUAGUGAUCUCGAAUAAUGAAGCAUACGGCGUGGACACCCCUAUUGUGAUGCACUGGGGUGCGGUGGGAGUGACAGUGGUCAACAACUUCAUCCAUGACUUUGGGUUUGCGGGCAUUCGGUGCGGCGCGGACGUGCACUUUGUGGGCGACUGCAUGCUGACCAACAUUUCCAACAACAUUGUGUACAACUGGCGAAGGAAUUCAUCGGGGGAUGUGGAUUCUGCAGGAAUUUAUUACUGCACGCACUGGUUCAGCCCUGGCAACGUUGCUGAGUGCAAUUAUGUGGCGGGCGGUGACCACUGCUACUAUCUAGACUAUGUGACGUCGGGCGUGGUGAUCCGUGGGGGUGCGUGCAUCAACACGUACGAUGGCAUCAAAGUCAACAACGGCAAGCUGAAUGUGAUAAAGCACGUGAUUCUGAAGAACGUGGAGGGCAUGCCAGGCUGGUGCACGUGCUUGACUCCCACGGUCAACAACUGCCGCAAGGGCCCCGGGACCUACUGGGAGAAGAUGCGCCUCAAAUACUAUGACACCGAGCUGUUCCGCAAGCUCUGGCCCUGGUGGCCUAGUGUGUGUAAAGACACAUCUAUCAACGGUGUCAGCUGCAACCCUCCUGGUGCCAUGGGGGCUUACUUGACCGGCAACUGUAGCGGGCUCGGCACUGAGAAUUACCUCGACCUUGUCGUGAAGGGAGGAGGCUCGGUGAAGGUCGGCAAGGGCGGCAAGGCAGCCAAGGGCCGCGGAGGAAGCGGCGGAAGAAACGGCGGAGAGGGCGGAGAGAAGAACUUCGAUGCGGGGGAGGUAAGAGAGAGAAGGAGAGAGGGGAGGGGCGCAGAGAGGAAUACGAGCCUCAGCGCAGAAACAAGCAGCAAGGACGGCAAGGGGAAGGGAAGAACGGGAGAGGGAACGCCAAGGGGAGGAAGGGGAAGAGCCAAUGUCGCGCUGCUGCCUCCUCAUAGCAUCCUUAUAGCCUCCUCUUCCUCUUCCUUCCACCCUGCCUGUCCAGGCCUUGAGCACAGAGGCAAGCAGGGAAAGAAAAGGAGAGGGCGUUCCGUGCCUCAGCGCAGAAACAAGCAGCAAGGACGGCAAGGGGAAGGGAAGAACGGGAGAGGGAACGCCAAGGGGAGGAAGGGGAAGAGCCAAUGUCGCGCCUCGAGCACAGAGGCAAGCAGCAAGGACGGCAAGGGAAAGAAAGGCAGAGGGAACGCCAAGGGGAGGAAGGGGAAGGAGGGGAGAGGCACGUACAAGGGCGGAGGGGGAGGCGUGUGGGAGCAGCUGAGGACGUUGGGAGCAGUGUCGGAUCAUGUGUUUGGGAACCAGGCCAAGCAUGCAGAGCUCAGGCAGCAAGUGGUUGACUACAUAGAGACCCACGAGGUUGACUUUGCCCCGUUCGUGGAGGACGACAUGGGCUUUAAGGAGUACUGCAGCAGCAUGCGCGAGGACGGCACAUGGGGUGGACACAUGGAAUUGCAGGCUGUUUCAUUGCUGUUGAAAAGAAACGUUUGCAUUCACCAGUUGCAGCAGCCCCGGUGGAACAUUGUCAACUUUGAUGACGCCAGCAUUCCCACCAUCCACCUCUCCUACCACGACGGGGAUCACUACAACAGCGUGCAGAUGGAAGGGGACGAGCUGUAG